AUGCUUACCAAGUACGCCGUCCUCGCUGCCACUGCCGCUGCCGCCGUUGCUGCCGCUCCCACCAAGCGUGCCGCCGCUGGCCAGGCUGACAUUGACGUUGUCAUCCUCAACUACGCUCUUACCCUCGAGCACCUCGAGAACGCCUUCUACCGUGACACGCUCGCCACCUACGAUGCCGGUGCUUUCCGCGCUGCUGGUUACCCCGACUGGGUUCGUCAGCGAUUCGUCGAGAUCGGCGGCCACGAGAAGGCCCACGUCGACUUCCUGACCAAGGCUCUUGGUGACCAGGCUACCGCUGAGUGCAAGUACAACUUCGGUGUUACCGAUGUCAACACCUUCAUCGCCACCGCCGCUCUUCUUGAGGGUAUCGGCGAGAGCGCUUACCUCGGUGCCGCUCAGAACAUCACCAACCCCAGCACGCUCACUGCCGCUGGAUCCAUCCUGACUGUCGAGUCUCGUCACCAGGGCUGGGUUUCCUCUUCGGUCCUCCAGGGCGACGGUUUCCCCCGUGACACCAGCACCCCCCUCAACUUCAACCAGACCUACUCGCUCGCCGCACCCCUCAUCACCUCGUGCCCCAGCACCAACCCCGCCCUCCCCGUCAAGGCCUUCCCCGCCGCCACCGUCACUGGCGAUGUCUGCGGUGGCAAGACUGUCACCGUCGCUGGUCAGGGUGUCCAGUCUGGUCAGUACGCUGCUUUCCUUGCUGGUCUCAGCGUCUACUACGCCCCGAUCGGCGACAACGGCUCGGUCACCAUCCCCCAGGAUGUCGGAUACGGCCGUAUCUACAUGGUCGUCAGCAAGGUCAACAACUCGAUCGCCGAUGACAACGUCGUCGCUGGUCCCGCUGUUAUCGACAUCCCUCUCUCCUCCACCCAGGCUGAGGAGAUCUCCCCUCUCAACAAGAACUAA